CUUCUGCCUCGAGGACCGCUAGGGACCAGAGACAGCUGCGGCGAAACCGGGAAGAGAGCGCUGCCGGGGACAUGUGGCGGCCGAAAUGACUGCUGUGUGUGUGGACCACGUCAGUGUGGUGUUGGAGAAACCGCUAGGCCCCAGGUCCCAGAUGAGCAGCAAGGCAGUUGGGAUCCUGACUGGACUGUAAGCCCUUCCCAGCUCCUGGCUCUGAGCAUCUACACAGUUACCAUUCUCCAGGCCUUCUCUGCACCGCCAUCGGUCCUGGAGACACGAAAGCCAGAUGCGGCUGUGCCACUUCCACUCCACCCUGCUGCAGAGCAGGCAGAAGCCCUGGCCAUGCCCUGCCAUCUUCUUCAGGAGAAACUUCAAGAGCCCGCUGGCAAGGACCUCAAGAACCAGGAUGCUGUGGAGGAGGGCUCUCUCUGCCACUGUGGUGGGCGCGCCCUUGCUCCUUGGAGCCCGCUAUUUCAUGGCAGAGGCCCAUGAGAAGAGGAAGCUGCGACUUGCGCUAGAUGGUAUCGGGCGCUUUGGCAGGUCUCUGAAGAUUGGUCUGUUCAUCUCCCUGGACUACUGGUGGUGCACAAAUGUUGUCCUGCGAGGAGUGGACGAGAACAGCCCGGAGUAUGAGAAGAUGAUGUCUGCAUGUCACCAGCGUGCGGCUGACGCCCUGGUGGCAGGAGCCAUUCGCAAUGGAGGCCUCUAUGUGAAACUGGGCCAAGGGCUGUGCUCCUUCAACCACCUGCUGCCACCCGAGUACAUCCAGACACUGCGUGUGCUGGAGGACAAGGCCCUUACUCGGGGCUUCAGGGAGGUGGACGAGUUGUUCCUUGAAGACUUCCGUGUGCUGCCUAGUGAACUCUUCCAGGAGUUUGAGUACCAGCCGGUGGCUGCUGCAAGCCUGGCUCAGGUGCACCGUGCCAAGCUACACGAUGGCACUGAUGUGGCUGUGAAGGUACAGUACAUUGACCUACGAGACCGCUUUGACGGGGAUGUGCACACGCUGGAACUCCUGCUGCAGCUCGUGGAGUUCAUGCACCCCAGCUUCGGCUUCAGUUGGGUCCUGCAGGACCUGAAGGGGACCCUGGCCCAGGAGCUUGACUUCGAGAAUGAGGGCCGGAAUGCUGAGCGCUGUGCUCAGGAGCUAAAGCACUUCCACUAUAUUGUUGUCCCUCGGGUGUAUUGGGACAAGUCCAGCAAGGUGGGCUGGGCAGUUUUCCCUGGGGGCGGGGCCACACAGGCCCUGCUGAGCUCACUCAGCCUCUUGCUCUCUUCCCAGCGGGUACUGACAGCUGACUUCUGUGAUGGCUGUAAGGUGAAUGACGUGGAGGCCAUCAAGAGUCGGGGGCUGGCAGUGCAGGAUGUAGCAAAGAAGCUGAUCCAGGCUUUUGCUGAACAGAUCUUCUACACUGGCUUCAUUCACUCUGACCCCCACCCUGGCAAUGUUCUGGUGCGGAAAGGUCCAGAUGGAAAAGCAGAGCUGGUACUCCUGGACCAUGGGCUCUACCAGUUCCUGGAUGAGAAGGACCGAUCCUCCCUUUGCCAGCUGUGGCGGGCCAUCAUCCUGAGGGACAAUGCUGCAAUGAAGAUGCAUGCGGCUGCACUUGGGGUACAAGACUACAUGCUGUUCUCUGAGAUGCUUAUGCAGCGACCUGUGCACCUGGGCCAGCUGUGGAGCUCCCACCUGUUAAGCCGGGAGGAAACGGCGUACAUGCAGGACAUGGCCCGUGAACACUUUGAGGGCAUAAUGGAAGUGCUCAAGGCACUGCCACGGUCCAUGCUGCUCGUGCUGCGAAACAUCAACACGGUGCGCUCGAUCAACUCUUCCCUGGGCACCCCUGUGGACCGCUACUUCCUUAUGGCCAAGAGCGCUGUCAGGGGUUGGAGCCGCCUGGUGGGUGCAGCAUACCGUGGCAUCUACAGCAGCAGCCUCCUGCGACACAUCAAGGUCAUCUGGGAGACAUUCAAGUUUGAGAUGGCCCUGAGGCUGGAGACCCUAAUAAUGCGACUCACUGCCCUCCUGUUGCGUGCUCUGGUCCGCCUGGGCUUUGCCCCCAAGGCUAAGGAGGUCUACCAGUACCUGGAGAUGUAGUUCCCUGAGCCGGACUGACUGCAAGGCUGCCAGGGGCCAGCAGAGUUUCCAGCAUGGGCACCUGAGCAGGCCCAGGGCAGACUUCUUACAACCUGGAGCCUGGAAUGGGAGGUCCACUAUGGGGCUCUUAAACAUAAUGACCACACACUCCUCUGAAAGAAA